GGAAAUUCAUUUAAGUGCAGUCAGUAUCUCCAAACGACAACAUGAAAUACGAAGCGAUUUUCAUUUUUGUCAUCUUUGUGUCGGCAGCGGUGGUUAAUGCUGAUCUAACGCCCGAGAAGCAUCUUCUUGCGGAAUCAGUAAUUAGAGAGGAAGCUAACUAUGUCGAUCGUGAGUGUUUCGAUCAGGUGAAAGAUGAGUUUAUGCGAGAACUCAUUGAAGUCAUUGACAAGUACAUUGAACGAGUUGAAAAUGGUGGAAUUGUUUACAAGAAAGGAAUUCGUCUAAAUGUCAACCGAUUUAUUCAGAAAACCCUGUUGAAAAAAUCUGUUGUCAAUGCAAGCAAAGAAUGCAUACAAAAGGUUAAGGAUGUUUUCAAAGUGAUCCUUAAGAGACGUUAUGGCCGAUUUAUUAAAACCAUUGAUCCAUAUUUUUAAAAAAAUAAGAACAACUGAAAUAAAUUUUCAAAAAUUGUAGUCCGAAAAAUCUCUUGGCAGAAAGUUUA